CCGCAACCGUAACCGUCAACAGUCGUAACUGCCAACAGCCGCAACCGCCAACAGCCGCGUCGCGCGCGGGGCUGCCCCGCUGCCCUCUACACCGAGCGCGGCGGCUGCUGCUGCUACCACCAGAGGUAGAAGAUGGCUGAACACCUGAAAAAGACCUUUAAAGACAGUCUGAGUGAUAUAAAAGAACGAAUGAAAGAAAAGAGAAAUCAGAAAUGGAUAAGGCUGGGUAAAAGCAACCAGAUCUCAAAUGUGAAGUGUAAAAAAGCAACCACCAGUUCAAUGCAAAUGAAGAGUAUUCAAGCAAAUAACAGAGCUCUAGCAGUGGCACUGCAAGAAGAAAAGCUCAAACUCAAGGAAGCCCAGGCAACAAUCCUUCAUUUAAGGGAAGAAUAUCAGGAUCUGAAGGUUCAGAUGUUUGAUUUGCAGAGAAAACUUAGGUUUGAGAGAGCACAAGGUUCUUUCAAGACUCGGCUGUCAGCCUUGAACAAGAUCAUUUCAAAAGUUUCCCAGAACUUACUGGACUCUGUUGAUCUCCUUGGCCCAGCAAAGGAUUUGUGUUUCACAGAUGUAAACCAGAGUGUGCUUUCUGCAGUUCCUGAAAAUAAUUCUGGUGCCAUAGGACAAGUGUGUUCUGUGAGUUCACCACUUGUUAAUGGAGAUGAUUGUGUACUUCGAAGGGAGAUGGAGGCUGGUGAUGAUGGAAAUGAGCUGUCUCAGUCUAUGUCAGAGAUCUGCCAGGAACCUGAAAAUGGUGUUUCACUAACAAACAUAUUUCUGGACAAAGGGCAAACAUGUGAUUUCCAUCUGGAUAACGCAAUGUCAGAGUUGGAAAAUGUUUCUUCAAGUGAAAAGGAUAAGCAGUUUGGUAAUGUGUUACCAAAAAGUGUGUCCACCAGGCGUCGCUGUUCAAAACUGGGAACUCAUGAUGAACUUUGCACUGGUGCCUUGGACCAUCCAGAACCCUCUGAUUCAACCAGAGCACUUCCUGAACAGGAUGAAACUAGACUUGCAGAAAGUCUAGAGGAAUGUACUGUAGAAAACAUUAAUUCAGCUAUUUCUCAGUUGAAUAAAAGCACGUCAGGUUCAGAGCUGGCAUUGAGGCGGGUACAUUUUGCAGCUGCCCAGUUAAAUUCAGACGACAACUCUGAUUUUAAACAACAUGAGCAUAAAAGCAGAGAAGACUCUCAAGUAAGGAGAGAAAAGCGUCCGAAGAAAAAAAUGGAAAGGACUAAAAAUACGUCCAGACCAAGAUCAAAGAAGAGACAGGGUAAAGAGGCUUCCAAAGAAAAGUCGGACUUCUUAGAUGGCUCCAGUGAUGCUUACAACUUUCAUUUUGAAGAGUCUGUUCAUGUUACACCUUUUCGACAAAAUAGAGUGAAUGACACAGAUACCAGUAUGGAUGACAAAAAAGCUUUACCUGAAAGUGAUCACACMGAGUUGAGCACUACUGAAGAAGAUUCAGAUGAUAGCAUGUAUGUUCCUUAUAAAUCAAAAAAAAGGAAARGCUCAAUGGGCCAAAAUGACAAGUCACCAAUCCAUGCAAGACCAAGAUCUAAGAGAUGUCUGGCACAGCAUGAGCAGAAACUCCAAAAUGAAAAAGAAACUAAAAGCAGUAAAUCAAGUGACAAGUCUAUUAGAGAGCCUCUUGAACCAUCUCGUGGUCUCUGUGAUGUUACCAACACUGCUUCCUCACUUCUCCCAGAAAAUGGGCUUGCUGUCCCACCAAGCAAAUUGUCUCCAGCUCCAAAACGCAAGAGAAGCUGUACUCUUACUGUGAGCUAUAAAGAACCAAGCAUUGCAGGGAAGCUUAGAAGAGGAGAUCCAUUCACAGAUACAUAUUUUUUGAAUUCUCCAAUUUUCAAGCAGAAAAAAGAUGCUAAACGUCGUUCUCCUAAAGAAUCCCUGUCAAAAUACAAUGAGAAAUUUGUUGGUUGUCGUUGAGAAUUCCCAUCACUCCUGUAAAACUAUGAAGAAAGGAGAUUUUUACACAAACUAUUACACAAUAACAUCUGAUGCAAUAUGCAGUUACGUUGAAGUAUCUAAUUUUAAGGAUGUAAAAUUGAGGUUUUGUGUUUUUAACUUAGUGACUUGUUUUUAAAUGAAAUUUAUCUUGAAGACAUAAGACAUAAUUCGGAUGAYUCUGUUCAGACACUUCUGGGAGAACGCAUGCCUGCAAUAUGAGUGUGUGAGUAUGUCAGAAGUGAUGAUCACUGUUCUUUCCAUCAAAUACCUAUAUAUAAAACCCUACUUGAUGUCACAGUGACUGGCAUAAGUGAAUUUGAAUUGGCUGAGAUCACUGGAUUUUUUUUUUAAAUCAUGUUUGUGCGUAUCUUUUUUUUUUUUAUUCCAAGCUUGUAGUUUCAUAGUGAAGCUCAUAAUAAAUGUUUUCGUGCUGAAAAGAA